CCAUGGUUGUAACGAAAGAUACGUUUCUGCCAACGGAGGAAGAACUUACGGUGCCGGAGAUCAACCUAUCCGGACCAGCCCUUCGCGCCGGUGCUUUCCAUCUGGGAAAGUACUGUGAGGCUCAAAAUAAUGAGUUCAUGUUAUGCCGCCAAGAAUUGGAUGACCCGCGGGCGUGCGUGAAUGAGGGCAAAGCAGUUACCAACUGUGCGUUCGAGUUCUUCCGAAAGCUAAAGAAGACGUGCGCCCAGGAGUUUACGCAGUAUGCUAACUGUCUCGACAAAAGCAGUGGCGAUUUGAAUUUCAAGCACUGCCGCAACACACAGAGCGUUUACGAUAAGUGUGUGUUGGACAAUAUGCAACUGGAGCGUCCCGAUUUUGGAUAUUUCUGCCGCGCCAAGGUUCACGCUACGGAACGUCCCCCACCACCGAAGAAAGAGAAAACGGUUUAUCCGGAUGCGACACCGGGAUUGCCGGAAGACUACCCUCGACCUGAGGCCAAAUACGGUUCGCGUUUCCAUUGGCUGAACUAG